GACACACAAAAGAAAUCUCUUCAUUACUACGCCGGCAUUAUCUCCUCUCCUCCAGGCUCCAACAACAAUGGCUGAAACACAGACACAACAAACUCCUCACGUUGUCAUCGUGCCGACACCUGGGAUGGGUCACCUUAUCCCCCUCGCCGAGUUCGCUAAGCGCCUCGUUCUGCAACACCAAUUCUCCGUCACUUUCGUCCUUCCCACCGACGGCCCCAUUUCCACGGCCCAGAAAACCGUCCUGGAAAACCUCCCCGCCGGCACUCACUACACGUGUCUCCCGCCGGUCAGCUUCGACGACUUGGGCGAGGACGUCAAGAUCGAGACGCGCAUAUCCCUGCAAAUAACUCGCUCGUUGCCGGCGUUUCGCGAUGCGUUUAAGUCCUUGGUUGCGAGGACCAAGACCGUGGCUCUCGUGGUUGAUCUUUUUGGGACUGAUGCUUUUGACGUGGCCAUCGAAUUCAAGGUUUCUCCAUACAUAUUUUUCCCGUCCACUGGCAUGUGUUUGUCCUUGUUCCUUCACAUGUCGGAGCUGGACCAGAAAGUGUCGGGGGAGUAUAGAGACAUGACUGAGCCGGUCCAGAUCCCGGGCUGCGUGCCGAUUCAAGGCAAGGAUCUUCUCGCUCCGGUUCAGGACCGGACGGACGAGGCCUACAAAUGGGUUCUUCACCACACCAAACGCUACAGAAUGGCCGAGGGUAUCGUGGCCAACACGUUCAUGGAGUUGGAGCCCGGUGCAGUAAAAUACCUGCAAGAAUCAGAGCCCGGGAAGCCCACGGUUUACCCGGUAGGACCGCUGAUAAAGAUGGAAGGAUCCGGGACCGGGAAAUUAAACGGGACUAGUCCCUGUCCUAUCCUGGAGUGGCUAGACCAGCAGCCGGGCGGGUCGGUUCUUUAUAUCUCGUUCGGGAGCGGCGGCACCCACACUCACAAACAGCUGAUUGAAAUCGCUUCGGGAUUGGAGAAGAGCGAGCAGCGGUUUAUAUGGGUGGUUAGGUGUCCAAACGACUUGAUUUCCAACGCUACUUAUUUCAGCGUCCAGAGCUCAUCCAACCCUCUGGAUUUCAUGCCACCGGGCUUCCUGGACCGGACCAAGGGUCUAGGCCUGGUGGUUCCCGAUUGGGCACCCCAGACCCAGAUCCUAAGCCACGAGUCCGUGGGAGGGUUCUUGACUCAUUGUGGAUGGAACUCAAUUCUCGAGAGCGUGGUCCACGGAGUCCCACUAAUUGCAUGGCCAAUGUAUGCAGAACAGAGGAUGAACGCUGUGAUAGUUACUGAAGAUAUUAAAGUGGCACUCAGACCAAAGGCCGGGGAAGAUGGAUUGGUGGGAGAGCUGGAAAUUGCUGAGGCAGCUAAAGCACUUAUCCAAGGCGAACAAGGCAAAGAAGUGCGCAAAAGAAUGAAAGAUCUCAAAGAUGCAGCUCACCGCGUGCUCAGUCCAGACGGCUCUUCCACCAAAGCACUAGCUGACUUGGCAUCCAAACUCAAGGCCAAAAUUGCUUAAUUCCUUAUCCUAAUCUUAGUUUCACCAAAUGUGAAAUAUGUAUGUAUGUAUGUAUUUACUAUUUCCUUCAUCCACCCCAAUCCCAAUCCCGAGAAUCCAACUACUCUUGUAUUUCAUCAAAUCGUAAAAUGUGUUUUAUCAAUUUUUUUUUAUACACAUCAGGUAAAUCACGAAAUGUGUUUAGAGUUGCACAAUGUAUGGUUAAUGGAAUGGGAUAUGGUUGAAGCAUAUUAAAUUAAUGAAGGGAAUUGAAACUUUACCCAGAA